GUUAAAAGAGGUAGUUGAUUCACGUGUGGCGAAUUUUUGUUUAAUAACAAAUAUUGUGGAAAGUAAAGUGUUUGCCACUGAUUAGUGAACAGGAACAUAAUCUGAAAUCGAAUAAAUGUAUAAUGCAUCUUGAUUCAAUAACUAGUAUUUGACUUGGUGGAUAUAAUUCUAUAAAAUAUGUCCUUUCCUUUCAUAACCUAAAACACAUGCUGGUGCUAUUAAAGUAUAUUAUUAUUACGUAAAUUCACCAAAUUUCUGUUGAAUAUAAGAAGAAUCUGUGGACACCUCUAUGAUUAUCUAGAUCGCGAGUUUCCCUAGUAUCUGAAAUCAGUUUAAAUUGUUCUAUUCCUUGUGUGUGAAAGUGCAUGUAGACUGCUAAUCAUGGAUAUAGAUUUGUUCAGGGACGAGGAGCAGUUUUCAACCUUUGAAGAUGACGGUUUCCUGGAUCCCUAUCCAGACAUUCCGACUGGUCUGGACAUUAUUCAUAACUUUGCUCAAAAUGAGAUGUAUGAAUGGAAUAUGGAUAACGAAAGAGAGAUAAAUGGAGAUAUUGCUCUAAUUCCCAUGUGUGAUAUGAAUCUCACCAAACUAAAUGAUUCCACUCCUUGUAAAGAUGACUUCCAAAAAAUCAUAAAUGAUUUACAUCAGUUCAUUAGUGUAGAUUCCUCCUGUACUGAUUUUGCAAUAGAAGAACCUAUUGUGCAUCCUGAAGAGAAUGAAGAUGAGAUGGCUACCCAGAAAAGUUCAGCUAUACAGGAUAUUCUAACAUUGCCAAACAUCAAAAAUUUUGAUAUAGCCUCUUAUCUAACAGACCCAGACCAGUCAAAACCUGCUGCAAUCCAAACUGUUCCUAUCAGAAAACCAAAGGCAGGUGUCAAAAAGAUUGAUUUAAAAGCCCAGCGCUAUAUAGUGGAUGAUGAACAGGAUGAGAUUGAUGUUGAAACUGUAUCUGAAUGUGGAGAAAGUUCUCCUGUUCUGGAAGCUGGAGAUCUAGAUAGCCUGCUAGAACAAUUUGAGGCUACACAAAUUCCUAAAUUACCAGAAGAUUUCAUAGAAAAUGAUCCUAGUGUGUUUGAAUUUGAUGACAGGCACCAGCUUCCACAAGAAGAUACUUUGUCAGUAAACAAUUGUAUAGAUGAAGACACUGUAUAUAAAAAGCCAGAUAGUAUUUAUGUAAAUAAAGAAUGCAACUAUGAAACUAAAGUGAAUGUAAAAAUAGAACAGGAAGAUUUUGAAAUUGGGGAAAGUGUUUUGAUUCAGCCUGAUGCAGUGAAUGUUAAAACUGAAUUCUUAGAUGAGGAUAUUGUCAAAGUUAAAAGAGAACAGAAUAGUGAUAAUAUAAAGAACCAUAAUAGCAAGAAGGACAAAACAGUUUUUACACAAAAAGAUAGGGUUGAGCUGAAAGAAGAAUGGUUACACAACUCCCCAGAUUUAGAUUAUCAAACAAAUUUUCAAGAGGCGCACCCUGUACAUGGAACACACUGCAUGAAAAUGAAAAUUUCCUGUUUGGUGUCUGCAGAACCACAUACGAGUUUCGCCAAACAGCCCCCCAAGCCAGAACCCUUAGCGAGAAGAAGACAUUCCGAGAAACCCGCCCCGUCGAACCUUUCCCACUCGAAAGAUGCUCCCCGAACCCCGAAAGCCUCCCGCCCCCUCCCAACCCCUGACUCAACUACCUCUUGCACACCGCCCGUCCCCAUCAAGAACAAGCAGAUCAUCGACUGCCUGCCCCAAGAACUGAUCAACAGGAUAAAGCAAUCCGGCAAACGCAAAACCAUCAGCGUGAUCGACCCGGUACUGCCGACCAAAAAGCGGGGCCACCACCGGGACUCGUCGGGCGGGCCCAAGGCUGCCCCGCUGCCGCCCUCGGGGCUGGAGCGCGUGCGCCUCGACCACGACUACUGCGCCUCGGGCGGCACUGGUCGGGGCGGCAGCGGCGGGGCGGGCGUCUACCCGAAGCACCCGAAGAUGGACUCGGGCUUCGAGUCGGCCGAGGAGGAGGAGCAGCAGCGGGCGGUGAUGGGGGGACAGCCGAUGGUGAAGAACGCCGACGGGAAGUUGAUGGUGUCUUUGCUCAAGGUCAACUCUAUCCACCCCACCGACGCCAACAAAAAGAAGAAACUCAACCUCGAAGAAUACAAGAAACGACGAGUGGGCUUCCUGUCGCAGGGCGGCUCCCCGAUCCGCUCCCCGGCUGGGAGCUCGUGCGGCUCCCCGCAACCCGAAGACGAGAACACGCGCAGAAUCAGGCAUCAGGAGAAAAUAUCUUCGCAGUUGGAGCCGGAGGACGAGAACACGCGUCGGAUCCGGCACCAGGAGAAGCUGAUGCGCAUGGCGUUGGAGGUGCUGAACACGCCGCCGAAGAAGGAGGUGAAGAGGGAGGAGGAGGCUGUGGUGGUGACGCCGCCCAAACCGGUGACGAUACCGGCGGAUAUGGAGAAGAAGACUCUGGUCAGCGUGGGCGUCAACACUGAUUUCAGGGUGCGCCGCAAAAACCUCGACCCCCUCGCCCCCGUCGAGCAACUGGACGAGAUCAAGCCGCUCCUGCAACAGGCCAGCACGAAAAUCAACUCCAGCUCGCUGAUCACCUCCGUCAUCGAGAACAUACCGAAGGUGAUCGACAGCUGCGACGUGUCGCGCGAUGCCGAGCAGCAGCAGCCGCAGCGGCCCAAAGGCUGCGAGCACGGCGAGGACAAGACGAUCGUGUACCUGCCGAGGAACAGGGCGGCCGUGUCGACUAGUAGCGUCGAGUGUCAGACGAAUAUUUCGUUGAUACAGCAGAGCAAGGCGAGCAGGUACAGGAGGAGGCGGUCAAGCUCGUCGAGUUCCAGUUGUUCGUCGACUUCUUCCAGAGGAAGCAGCAGAUCUUCGUCUCGUUAUAACAGAAGGAGGAGGAGGAGUUCCAACUCGUCCUGUAGUAGUUCUCGGAGCUCUAGGAGUUCUCAAAGCUCUUUGUGUAGAAGAUCGUCUUCCAGAUAUUCGUCAAGAUCGUUCUCCCGGUCGAGGUCGAGGUCCCUCUCGCCCAGGUACAGACGCAAAGAGAAAGAACGCCACCUGGAGGUGGAAGAGCGACGGGUGAUAUACGUGGGGAGAGUGCCGCCGGGCACAACGAAGGAGGACUUGAAGAAGAGGUUCCAUCGCUUCGGUCCUAUUACCAACGUCAGCCUGCAUUCGAGGGACCACGGCUAUCUAGACAACUACGGCUUCGUCACUUUCGCCAACAAAUUAGAUGCUUACGAAGCCAUAGAGCAUGGAAACGAUGAUCCUUGGCAGCCAAAGUACGAUUUGAGUUUCGGGGGGCGAAGGAUAUUCUGUCAAACGACGUAUUCGGAUUUAGAUAACAUGCGAGAUGAGUCCGGUUACUACCAACAACGAGGCGGCAACGAUUCUUUCGACAAUUUGCUGAGGGAAGUACAAGAAAAAUUGAGAAAACGCAAAGCCUGACGGUUAUUGAAAUCGACCACAGAUUAUAGUCUAAAUUUUCACAUUUUUUGUUUCAUGUUAUUAGCAUUCAAUUUUGAUUUUAGGUAUUCUUUUUUACAUGUUCGAGAUAAUUUUCUACCGUUUCACUUAAGUUUACAAAAAAUAUAUCAUGACAAUUGACUUUGACUUACUUAAAUUAAAAAAUCAACAAAAAAUGUUUCAUGAUUAUUGGCAGGAAAACAAAUUCUGGUAUAUUUUAUUACAAAUAAUUGGUUAUACCUAUUAUUACUCACUAAUACCUGUGUUUUUUUUUAAUACUUCAUUAUGUUUUCCCAUAUUGGGCUGUGUAUUUUCUAUUGAAAUAUUUUUGUUAAAAUGGAAUUAUUAAC